AUGGGCCGUUUGGAGCUCGAGUCGAAGAUCGCACACGUCAUCAAGCCUGCCUCGAGGCAAGGCAUGCAGGUGAUUGUCAUGGUCGUGCUCGACCCCCGCGAUUCGACACAUUUUGUACACAGAGGCGGCCUCAACGUGGUGCUUGGUCCCUACAAGAGCUUUGAUGACUUUCGUGGCCUGAUCCCUGGCCCGGCCUCAGUGAUCUACGACCCCUUUGUUCCAGAAGACUUUCCCAUCAUCCACGGCUACCUGGAGGAACUCCGCAAGGAACCAGGUAAUCCUCGCAUGCGUGCCUUCUCCCACAUGCGCCAAUGGGAAGCUCUCAGUCGUUGUGCAGAGCUUCAAAAAGACGUGCAGCCAGAUUUGACAUUGAGAUUGCGGGAGGACACCUACCUCCUUCAAUCAAUACAUCCAGAUGCAGAGAAAGAGGGCGUUUAUGUGCCGCAGUGCCGGCCAUGUGGCGGCGUCAAUGACAAGGCUGCCUUUGCAGUGGGUGCAGACGUGGCCUACAGGUACUUGACUACACCGCUGAAGUUGAUGAGAACAGACUUCGACUUCAUUAGCAAACAUCACAAGGCACAUUCCAAAGGAGCAAUGGGACCAGAGGCAGUUCUGAUGGAAAGCCUGAUCAAAGCCAAGAUCAAGUCCUUCCCGUUGCCACCGGAGAGUUUGCCAAUGGCACCUGCCCGCCACGCCAAGUACGAGGACCAGUUCUACUACUGCUUCUAUCGCUCAGUGCAGGAAUGCAUUCCGGAGGCAACGCUGCGACAAUUGAAGGCCAAGAGCCCGAAGAUCAAUGGCGUAGCGAAUGAAAGCGUAGCAUGCACGCCGGUCUCUGCAUAA